CUAAUGGAAAAAGGGUCCCAGCAGUCCUAGGCACAGACCUGAGGUUUCAUUAGAGGUUUGAUUAAAGACGUUUGGAGAUCAUUGGUGUCUAACUACUUGCAAGUGUUUCAGCUAACAGAGGUAAUCUGUGAAAGACUGUUUCUUUUGUAUAGGUUGUCCAGUCCGAAAAGCUAUAGGGCAGACACAAAACAUUUCCUCUGUCAUCGGUACUUUGACUGUGGAGACUUGGCCAGCACAUCCAGUGUGGAUGGACUUGUCAAUGUGGGGAGGAAUAGCUCCUUGUUAACGCAAGCACCAUCUAGGAUGGCUAAUAACGUUCACAUGAGUGGGCUGCUGAGCCGCCACGAUGAUGAAGCCACCAGGACCUCCACCUCAGAGGGACUGGAGGAGGGUGAGGUGGAGGGGGAGACCCUCCUCAUCGUUGAGUCUGAGGACCAGGCUUCGGUGGAUUUAUCGCACGACCAGAGCGGGGACUCUCUGAACAGUGACGAAGGUGACGCGUCCUGGAUGGAGGAGAUGUCCUAUUACUGCGAGAAGUGCCAGAAGUGGAUUCCAGCAAGUCAACUGAGAGAACAGCUCAGCUACCUCAAAGGAGAUAACUUUUUCAGAUUUACUUGCUCGGAUUGCUCAGAAGAUGGGAAGGAGCAAUUUGAACGGCUGAGGUUAACAUGGCAACAAGUUGUCAUGCUGGCAAUGUACAAUUUGUCUCUGGAAGGAACGGGCCGUCAGGGGUACUUCAGAUGGAAAGAAGAUAUUUGUGCUUUUAUUGAGAAACACUGGACUUUCUUAUUAGGAAACAGGAAAAAGACCUCAACAUGGUGGAGCACGGUUGCUGGCUGUCUCUCUGUGGGGAGCCCCUUGUUUUUCCGCUCAGGGGCACAGGAAUUUGGAGAACCGGGGUGGUGGAAACUGGUUCAUAAUAAACCCCCAACAAUGAAACCUGAAGGAGAGAAGUUGUCUGCAUCUGCACUAAAGGCAAAAGCAGCUUCAAAGCCACCUCUGGAUCCCAUCAUUACUGUGGAAGGACUCAGGAAGCGGGUAAGCCGCAAUCCAGUCGAAUCGGCCAUGGAGCUGAAGGAGAAGAGAUCUCGUACUCAGGAAGCCAAGGAUAUUCGGAGAGCCCAGAAGGAGGCAGCUGGCUUUCUGGACCGGAGUACUUCCUCCACUCCUGUUAAAUUUACCAGUCGAGGCCGUCGUCCCGAUAUCGUCCUUGAGAAAGGAGAGGUGAUUGACUUCUCCUCCUUGAGCUCUUCAGAUCGCACUCCUCUGACAAGCCCUUCUCCUUCCCCAUCUCUGGACUUCUCUGCUCCUGGCACUCCAGCCUCGCAUUCAGCUACUCCCAGCCUUCUCUCAGAAGCAGAUCUCAUCCCAGAUGUCAUGCCACCACAGGCUCUCUUUCAUGAUGAUGAGGAAAUGGAAGGAGAUGGAGUCAUAGACCCAGGAAUAGAGUAUGUGCCCCCUCCCAGUGGGACAGCUGGUGCUGGCACUGUGAUAGCAAGUAGAAAAAAAGUGAAGACAGCUGAGCAGAUCAAGCAAGAGGUAGAGAGCGAAGAAGAAAAAACAGAAAGGAUGGAAGGUGACAGUGAAGAUCCUGAAGAGUCAAAUGCAUCGCUGCAGGUGAGGGGGCGAGACAAGAGGAAGCCACAGCUGGAGAAGGAUGCUAAACCCAGAGCUCCCAAGCAUACCUCUGUUAGCAUUUAUGAGGAGAAGCUGCUGCUGAAGAGACUGGAAGCCUGUCCCAAUGCCACGAGCAUGACCCCAGAGGCCCGGAGACUGAGGCGCAAGCUGAUAGUCAGGCAGGCCAAGAGGGAGAGAGGACUGCCGCUCUUUGACUUGGACCAAGUUGUGAAUGCUGCACUGCUCUUGGUUGAUGGGAUUUACGGAGCCAAAGAAGGAGGUGUUUCCAGGUCCCCAGUAGGGCAAGCAACAUACAGAACUACUAGCCAGGACUUCAGGAUCUUGGACAGAUACCAGACAAUGCUGCCUGCCAUGAAGGGGUAUCGACAGCAGACAACAAAGUUUCUGUAUCGACUGGUAGGCUCAGAAGACCUGCUGACAGACCACAGUAUUGUCAGUCCUUACACAUCCCGUGUCCUGAAACCUUACAUCAGGCGUGAUUAUGAGACAAAGCCCCCAAAACUCAGGCUGCUGGCAGAAAUCCGGGCAUAUCCACACAGGAAUGAUCUCAACUGGAAGGCUGAGCCAGAAGCACCCGUUGAUUACUGCUACGUUCGCCCUAAUCACAUCCCCACUAUAAACUCCAUGUGCCACGAAUUCUUCUGGCCUGGAAUUGAUUUGUCAGAAUGCCUGCAGUAUCCAGACUUCAGUGUUGUCGUCCUUUACAAGAAAGUUAUUAUUGCCUUUGGCUUUAUGGUGCCAGACGUGAAAUACAAUGAAGCUUACAUCUCUUUUCUGUUAGUUCACCCUGAGUGGAGAAGAGCUGGGAUUGCAACCUUCAUGAUUUACCAUCUUAUCCAGACCUGCAUGGGCAAAGACGUAACCCUUCACGUCUCUGCAAGCAACCCUGCUAUGCUGCUCUACCAAAAGUUUGGAUUUAAGACUGAAGAAUACAUUUUGGAUUUUUAUGACAAAUAUUAUCCGUUGGACAGCAAGGAGUGCAAGCACGCGUUCUUUCUCAGGCUGCGGCGCUGAUCCAUUGGAGCUGUCUGGGGGUCUGCGAAAAGCCCAAUCUGUCAAGCAAAGAACUACCACGGCUUUCAGUGGAGGGCGUUGGCUGCCAUGUGAGAGCUGGAACGCACCGAUGCCUUUAUCCCUAGGACUUUGAAUGUCAGCAGUGCUAUGUUGUGUGCUGAAACUGCAAUCCAAGAGGAUUGAUUCCUACGCUCCAAGGGGAGAGGCCUGGAAAUGCCAACUGGGACAUGCUGAAACCACUGGAAGACUGAAAUUCUUUAUGGGGAGUUUUCCUGCCACUGUUACUUUGGAGAGCCUCAUUGACAAACAAACAAACAAGAAAAUAACCCCAAACAAAAAAAUACUUGUCACUUCAGAGGGGACCCAUGGAUUUCAAAUUUUGAAACCUAUCCAAAAAAAGUAGCAGGUUUUUCAUUUCUGUUUUUGUUUAUGGGAAAUGAACGUCUAAACUUAAAUCAUCCACAGUGUUUCUGUGAUUUGAUUGCUUUGUUAGGAACCAUGUCUUGAAUCUGUGAAGGGAAAUAAGAUAUUGGUGCAUCUAGCUGGAUGCUAACAUUAGGAAAGCCCUACAUGUGCCAGAACAGCAAUACUGGAACCAUGUUUUAGGAAUAAUGAAGAGUGUGUGAACUCAUGUGAUCCCAAAUGCAAGGCUCAGACGAGAUGUCUUUCUUCCGCUCCUUCCCUACUGCCUUCCUUUCCCCUCGUUGACCCUGUGCUCAAUGUGAAGUUCUUAUAGUGCGCAGUGUUUUGUGUUCAGGAACAACAUGUCAAGCGGGUUUGUAGCUAGGCAAGGUAGGACACAACAGCUGCCAAAUCAGCUCUUCGAAAUCUUACAACCUAUCUGCCAGUUGUUGAUGCUGCAGAUCAGCCCUUUGGGCACACCUCUAACCACAGAGCCAGCCUUGCAGGCUCCAGCAUCCACCUCCUUCUGCUACAGACUGUCUGGCUAGAAGAAACCCAGAACAAAAGUCAGUGGUAACAUUUGAAAUGCAGGCUCUGGUCUGUAGAAGCAAUCUGUUUGCAGCUUGGAGGGAGGAGAGGGUAGAGGUGGACCAGUUCCGGUUCUUGGCUGGUUCCACAUCUAGGCUGUGAUUUCAGGGCUCUAAGUAUAAGUAAAGAGGAGAGGAAAGAAUAAAUAGAAAUAACCAAGAAUUAAAAAAAAUACAAACCCCAAACAGUUUCUCUGGUAGUGGUGUCUAGUCCUUUUACACAGUUUAGCAGCUUCUCUCUCUCCCUGACUUUUAUUGCAGAUGAACAGUAAGCUGGCAGUUUGCUCUGCUGCCUGACCGAAGGUCAGUCUGUGCAUUUUAAAUACGAGUCACAUCCACUGCGCUGUUCCUUUCACAUCAAGCCCCACAGAGAGCUACACAACAAAUGUGACUUCUUUGUUCUUAAUCCACUGUGUAUACCUGUUGGGUACCUGGCUAUAGUAGUAGUUGCCUUAAUGGAGUCUUCAUUUUGGUAACAGCAGAGAGAUGGACACAAAGUAUGUUUUUGUGGUAGCCAAUGUACAUUGUUACCAAAACAAAAACAGUGUUAGUGGGAGGGAAAAAGAACCCAUCCAAGUGUUGUGUGCCCUAACAUCCGUGCACAUUUCUGCUUGCUUUAUGACUAUGUGAAAAUUUUUGAUGUUACUGAUGUUAUGAGUUAGCUGUACUUGGAAAGAAAAAAAUACCUGUCUUUAUCAAUGGAAUUAAAGCCCUUCCCUUGGAAAAGCCU